AUGGCUUUGAGUUUAUGGGAUCAGUAUUCUGAUCUUCAGCAUUAUUUCAACCCGGAAAUGUUCAGCUUCCAACACCCGCCAGUUGGAGAAUUUGAGGACGACUUCGAUUACUACUUCAACUUGUUCAGUUUCAGCAACAAUGGUUUUGGUUUCGAUUACGAUUACGUUUCGGAUAGUUUAUCUGAUCACAAUUACAACCAGUUUUCAUCUUUGUUAAACGAUGAUAAUCAAUUCUUUAACACCUCUGAUCAUCAAUACUUCUCUUCUUCUUCUCUCUCGGAUAAUUCAGAUAAUUUCAUCUUCCCUCUUGAAGACUUUGAGUGUUAUCAUACCUAUCCGAAGCGCCAGAAGAGCUAUUAUGGAGAUGGGGUUGACGUUGAUCAUCAUUCGGUUACUUGUUCGCCUGAAUUCUAUUCCGGGUGCGUCUCAAACGUGAUUAAUCCUCCAGCACCACCACCUCUUUCUGAAUUCCUGCCAGAGAUUCCUACUCCUCCGCUGGCAGUUUUCAGUUUUAAGAACAGUAGUAGCACUGAUCACGAGAGUAGCACAAAGAAACAAACUGGGGUGAGCUUGUCGACGCAAAGCAUCGCGGCGCGACAGAGAAGAAGGAAGAUUACGGAGAAGACUCAAGAGCUCGGAAAGCUGAUUCCGGGCGGCCACAGAAUGAACACAGCUCAAAUGUUCCAAGCUGCUUCAAAAUAUGUCAAGUUUUUGCAGGCUCAAGUCAAAGUUCUUCAACUCAUGGAGCCACUAAUGCAGGAAAGAGAAGAAUUUCUUCCAUCUCAAGAGCUUCAAACUCUUCUUGAAUCUCCAAUAAUUCAAGAAAAAUUGUACUCAGAAGAGAAGUGUUUGGUUCCAAGAGAAAUUCUUCAAACCCUGAAAAAUGAUCCUGAAAUUCAAUCAAAAUCAGCCAUUUUUUAG